UUCUGUAAGCAUAUAUCAUCAUGCAGUCGUGAGUGUAGAGUUGAAGAGAGCGGAUCUCGAAAGUUUACAUAAGUGCUGUUAUAUCUUCCAUACGACUUUUUUUCUUUCCGGUUAUUCAUCAGUCGAAAUAAACCAAUUCUGCGAUAUGACUUGGAGCACAUCUGCGUAUAUCUACCUUCUACUUUGCAUCUUUUGCUUUGCAACAUCAGUGGAAAGUAAUAGCAGGAAGAUUGAUGAUAUACGUGAUAUACGUCAUGCAGAUGAAAUUGACGCAAGUAAAAUUCUUCUGUCUUUUUAUACAUGCAAUGCUACGAAUGAGACAUCAAUUGAUUGUCUCAUACAAGAUUUAAAUUGUAUAGAAAAUGCAUAUAAGCUGAUAAAUAAAGAUAAACGUGAAAGCACUGUUUUCAUUCACGGAUAUCACCGGAACAAAGAGCCUAUUCAAAACAUUAUAUCAGCGUAUUGCUCGCGAAAUAUCUCUACCAUUGCAUUACUCGAUUGGACCCAACUGCAACCAGAACAAGUUAAUCUUAUGGUUACUAAUUGGACAUCUGCGAUCGGAAGAAUCGUCGCGUCUACUUUCGAUACGUUAAAAAAUAAGGGUUACAAUGUAGAAGCGUGGCACCUCAUCGGACAUUCUAUGGGUGCUCAUAUUGCAGGUUGUAUCGGAACAUAUACCAAUUUUUCUUGGUUACAUAUAACAGGUUUAGACCCCGCGGGUGUUGUCUUUUACACUGACAUGUACGAGGGUUGUCAAAUCAAUCCCGAUGUCGCAAACUUGACUGAUAUAUUUUACACGGAUGGCAAUGGGUACGGCACCAUCAGGGAAGUAGGCACUCUCAAUAUUUAUGCCAACACCGGAACAGCACCGCAGCCUGGCUGUUGCUCGUCAUCAAAUAUACAAUGGUGUGGCCAUUUUAAAGCGAUCGAAUGGUAUGCCGAUGCCGUGAGGAAUGAAACGAAAUAUUCGGCCAUCAAAUGCACGAAUUGUUUUAUAUUUUUGCAUUUUUACGAUUAUUGCGAGAAGAAUAAUCGCGUUUAUCUCGGACCGCAUAUAAAUGAGAAAGCAAGUGGCAAUUACUGCCUCGCAAUCAAUUAGAGAACUCUUCUCGGGAUGAAGAUAAUAUGGUUUCAUAAAUAAUUAACAGAUAAUUAACUGAAGCUUUUGCUAUCACUUCUUGCUUUAACUUAACGAAUUGUUAUCAUAAACUGUCAUAAAACAAAAUUUUCAAAUGCAAUGCAGUAAACUUCAAACAAUAUGCUGUUUAAAAAUUACUUUUCUAAUAAGAAUUUAAUUCGUUAUUCAGUGUUCUUGAUUUACAUUUAUGUAAUUAAUAGAUUAAGAAUAAAAUUUUAUCUUUCACGAUAUAUUUUUAUCGAA